GUCUGUCGAUGGCCACGGGAAGCGCAGCUGCAUGAACGAUCUCGCCGAAGCUGCGUCCGUGUUUUUCAGCCGCGACCUCCCCCCUGCGAGCGCCGCUCACGGAACACCCCCGCGGGGAGGCGAGAGAGAGGACUGCGGGGCCGCGGAGGUGCGGCGAAGGAAAGGACAGGAAAGGACGUCCGAGUCCGGUUUGAUGCUGGCGGCCCGUCCGCCCUUUAAACACGGAUGCUGCUGCUGCUGCUGCAUUCAUAAGGGAUCGCUGUUUAUCCGAGAACCCAUCGGACGCGUCAACGUCCCCCGGUUUCACAUUCCAAGCCGAUCGGUAGACACCAAUCAAGCGCGACAGCAUCCCUCUCUACCUGCGGCUCUCCAGCGCCUGACAGGCCCAGAGUCAUGGGCAACACGCCGGCCGCCAAACGGGGCAACGAGAUGGAAAGCGUCAAAGAGUUUCUGGCCUUCGCCAGAGAAGAUUUCCUCAGGAAAUGGGAGAAUCCUGCACAGAACACAGCGAGUCUGGAGGACUUUGACCGGCUGAAGACUCUGGGCACGGGCUCAUUCGGUCGCGUGAUGCUGGUCAGACACCGAGAGAGCGGGCAGCACUACGCCAUGAAGAUCCUUAACAAACAGAAGGUCGUGAAGCUGAAGCAGAUUGAGCACACGCUCAAUGAGAAGCGGAUACUGCAGGCCGUCAGCUUCCCCUUCUUAGUGCGGCUGGAGUACUCCUUCAAGGACAACACUAAUCUCUAUAUGGUGAUGCAGUACGUUCAGGGAGGAGAGAUGUUUUCACACCUGCGUAGAAUCGGCAGAUUCAGUGAACCCCAUGCGCGGUUUUAUGCUUCACAAAUAGUCUUGACGUUUGAGUAUCUGCAUGCCCUCGACCUGAUCUACAGAGACCUUAAACCAGAGAACCUCCUCAUCGAUCAGCAGGGCUAUAUACAGGUGACAGACUUUGGUUUCGCGAAGCGGGUCAAGGGUCGCACGUGGACAUUGUGCGGCACCCCGGAGUAUCUGGCCCCAGAGAUCAUCCUCAGCAAGGGUUAUAAUAAGGCUGUGGACUGGUGGGCUCUGGGUGUGCUGAUGUACGAGAUGGCUGCCGGUUAUCCUCCGUUUUUUGCCGAUCAACCCAUUCAGAUCUACGAAAAGAUUGUCUCAGGAAAGGUACGGUUCCCGUCACACUUCAGCUCCGACCUGAAGGACCUGUUGAGAAACCUGCUGCAGGUGGACCUCACCAAACGCUACGGCAACCUUAAAAACGGAGUUAACGACAUCAAAGGUCACAAGUGGUUCUCAACUACUGACUGGAUAGCCAUUUACCAGCGGAGGGUGGAGGCCCCGUUUGUGCCUAAAUGCAGAGGUCCCGGGGACACCAGCAACUUCGACGACUACGAGGAAGAAGAGAUCCGUGUGUCGUUCACGGAGAAGUGCGCGAAAGAAUUUGCCGAGUUCUAGGGGAAUAAUUGAUAGAAAUCAGAGAGAGAGAGAGAGAGGAAUAAAGAGAAAGAGAGAGAAGGAGAAUAAGUGCAUGAAUCUUAAAACCGAUCCUUCCUCCUGUUAAACAGCAGAGAAACCAGCGGAAGAGAGCAGAGAAGACCUCCAGGGAUAAACAGUGAGGCCUUUAUCAUCUCCUCUGUUUUAAUCAUGUUUGUAAUUUUUUUUAAAUCUCUGUUCAUGUGAUAUUAAUCAUGAUGGGUUUGAUUGGGUGUAAUUGUUGGCCUGUGGACUGGGAUUGUUUUUGCCGCACAAACACAGGGUUAGUUAUCGUCUAUUCAGAGAUUAUCUCUAAUCUGGAGCAGUUACCGCUAAAGUGCAAGUUCUCCACUAGGUCACCAUAACAACCGUACAGAAAAAUAGAAAAAA